CCAGAAAUUCCCAAGUAUUUGUGUUUAUGAUUGAGUGUUAGUUGAAAUCCGUGUACAUAUCGUUCUUGACACGGUGGAGAAGGCCCAGUACGACGCCUCGAACAGUAACCGAGAACUGAACCUCCAGCCGAGAUUGUCGGUGGUGGUACAUAUUAAAACACUCAGCCCCCCCUCUCCCAGCGCUCAACAACCUCUCCUGGCCCCCCUUUAGCAGACGGCAUUUCGUUCCUCACUCGUAUCGGCCCCUCAAACGUUAAACCGAAAGUGCGCGGAAGGGUAGUGCACACGCGGGGGGAUAAUGCACUCUAACAUUUAAUAAAACAAUAGUAUUAACGGUUAUUGAAAAUCGUGGAACAUUGGUUGGUGGUAUUGGGGUGAUAUGGUGGCUUGUGGUUACUGUGCAUCGUGCCUGUGAAUUGAUGCCAGCCAGUGAGGGACGCCAUUUUGAUAUACGAGGAUUUUCGGACGUCAAGCAACGCCGUGUGUUUUUGUUAAUGUUUUAUUGAGGGAUUGAUUAUUUCGGGGGAGAGACGGUGAAUUGGCGUUUGCCAGGGAGUUUUGGAGUUUUCGGUUUGGCGUGAGGGGUGCGGGGAGAGCACUCGUGGGUGCACUUGGGAGCUUGACCCGAGAGACAGUGGACGAACACUUUUGUGGCAUUGUGAACGAGCCAGGGGUUCAGGUCUUUUUGGAACUGUUUAAUUCGGCUUUUUGACAUUUUUUUUUGAGUGGAGGGAGGCGGGUCCCUGCGGUUUUUGGGGGUUGAGGUUUUUUUAGUGGAUUUCUUUUUUCGGGGAGCCAGUGAGGGAGAUCGCCUUUUUUUUGUUUAUUCGGAGUUUUUGAGAGAAUUGCUGAGGACGGGAGUGGAAUUGUGACAGGUGAUUUGUGGCAAUUGUUGGGGGGUUUUGAGCGGAUUUACGCGGUUUUUGGAAGGAUUUAUGAGGAAUCAUUGAGGUAUAAAUGUGUUUUUUGGACGCUCGGUUCACGGUUAAACGAAGUAGAUGUGCACCCGUCAAAGGCGCCAAUGCGCGUCCACAAUUGUUACUGGUGGACGUUUAGGGGAUUAUUGUAUUGUUGAAGAUAAAAAAUGGCUAAAAUCCUCAAUAAGGAUCCUGUUACGUACGAGAGGGAGCGGGAGAGCUUCCUCAGGGAGCUCCAUCAUUUUCACGAGACGAGAGGCACGUCGUUCAAGAAGUCGCCGAAAAUCAGUGGCAACGAAAUAGAUCUUUAUCUACUUUAUGUCCUUGUUACGGCGCAUGGGGGAUGGAUUAAGGUGAAUACGAGAAACGAGUGGUCUCUCCUGUGCGAGCAGUUCUACCUACCACCAGGCUGUGUCAACAGCGGUGUCGGACUCAAGCAAAUAUACCUCAGGUAUCUCGAUAGGUACGAGAAGGUCCACUUCCUCGGGGAGGAUGGACAUCAGGGGGAUGACGAUGACGAGGACUCGAGGCAUAGAAAGUGGUCUGCCAGGUCACUGCACUCGGUUCCACUCACUUACAAUCAUAACCAGCAUAAUGUCGCAGAAUCUCUCCGAGAAUACAAUGGCCUCUCAUCAAAUCUCUACAAGCCAUCAAACUACGACAAGCUCGCCCUCUCCCUCCUCUCGCCCCUCCCCAACGAGCAAGACUUUGCGAUAAACGUUUGCACACUGCUGUCAAACGAGGGCAAACACACCCUCCGUCUCGACAAAUAUCCACGUCUAAUAAACAUCCUCCUGGCGCACGCUGGUGUCUUCGACUCCCCCGGCACCAGACAGCUCUUCAUCGAAGUAUACUCUCGCGUCCGCAACUACUCAAUAAACUCCUUCUGGUCGGACGUUCUCGACUCCCCAGAAGUUCUGGAUCUCACGAAUGAGAAGACUUUCAUGAAGAAGCCGACAACCGAUUUGAACACAUUUUCGCGUAGAAAAUUUUUGGAGCGCGAGAGGGACAAGAAGUCGAAAAAAUCGAGUGAUCAAAGCCCCGAGGAGACACCAAUGGAGAUUGAACAACAGCCAGAAGACAGUCCUCGUCUGGAGACACCAGCGAGUAUUGCAGAUGACGACGCCUUCACCGAUCAAAAUCAAAACUCGAUUAAAUUCGAGGACGAGGACAAGGAUCUGUUCUGCGUGGGCAGAACCCUGGGUACACAGGACCCGUACGGCCAACGUGUCCUCCAGAUAGCCUCAAUCCUCCGUAAUCUAAGUUUUACACCUGAGAAUGCCGCUGUACUGGGCAGAAAUCGUUGCUUUCUACGCUUUGUUUUACUCUGUGUCAGAGCACGAUGGAGCAAUCUCCAUCAGCUUGGCUUCGACAUACUCGGUAAUAUAUCCAACGAAAUGAUUCUCAAGGAGGCCGGUGAGAGAUUAACUGACUGUGUAUUAACGUGUAUAGCUAAUGGUAUUAAUUCGUCUGAUCGUUUUAUCGUGAUAUCGUGUUUAGAAGUGCUCAAUAAAAUCAGCCAGCAUGAUAGUAACGAGGAAAUUGUAACUUAUGGAUUGACAGACAGUGUUUAUGAGUUGAUAUGCAGAUUUUUGGCCCUCAGCGAUAUUGCACUGUUGGUUUAUACGUUGGAGUGUCUUUAUGCGUUGACAUCGCUGGGGGAGAGACCUUGUACCAGCAUUGCUCGGGUACGUGGAGCCAUUGACACUCUGGUGGCUCUUGUUACUGUUGAGGCGCAGAGUUAUGGACCUAAAGCGUGUAUACUUAUGAGAGUUGUGGAGACUGUCUCGACGGUAGCGGUGCCAAGUUCAAGUGCUGGUGGGGGACAGCAGACGACGACUAUCAGUAGUACGGUUACUUCGGUUAAUACUACGUCAGUGGCUACUGUCACUACUUCGAGUGUUGCUACUGUUGCUAGUAGCACUGUGGUUACUGCUGCUGCUGCUGCUCCUGGUGGGGGUGGUGGUGGUGCUACUGCUGCACCUGCUACUAGUCCAGCACCUUCGAGACCCUCUACACCUGCAACUCCUUCUUCUGUUGGCGGCAAGGGGAACAGCAAGGCUAGUGUGGAGGCUGCCAAUUCCCUGCAGCAGCAGCAUGCACAUCAGCAGAUCAUUCAGGAGAAUGAACAGUUUGCUUUGGGCUGGCUCAGGGCCACUUUCGAACUCGCCCCUGGGGGGAAGAUUGAGCAGGAGGAGUUGUACAAGAAGUAUCUUGGGUGCUGCACGAAAAUUGGGAGGAGGGGGGUCAUUGCUCCACUGCAUUUUCCACGUUGUGUGAGAUCUGUAUUUGGUGGUACAAUUGGUCCAAAUCCAGUAAAAGGUGAAACAACGGGUACACAGUACUACGAGGGUAUACGUGUCCGUUCAACAACAACGAGUGCAACACUUCCGAGCCAAAAUACAAGCCAGAAUGCAACAACAACGACAACAGUUAAUUCAACUCCAGUAAAGGUGCUUGCCGUACAACAGCGUACAGUCACAACACCCACAAGUCCAAAUCCCGAUAGCACAGGCCCUGAAUUAUCCCAAAAUUCUCAAUCAACACCAGCCUCACCUAUACUAAAAGCCCACUUGUCAGCUCCACCAAAACCAACCACAAAUCUUCCAAUACAAACCCAGAAUCCAGUCACCAAGGUUGACUCUAAAAGUCAGGUGUCAGUGGCGCACCCGCACUUGAGCCAGGCCCUCCUAGCAACAGGUUCACAAACCAAUCAGCAACAGCACCAGCAAACAAAUCAACAGAAUCAACAUACUCAAGUGAUUAAAGAGGAAUCACGCACUGGUCCACCAUCGAGUUCAAUAAUAAAAAGCCUAUUGGCAACAAAGGUAACGGUCAGCGGUGACUGCAUGCCCAGUGCCGCUGUCACUUGUGUGUCUACCCCGAUUGCCUGCGUAACAAAUACUCCUGCUAGCAUCGCAUCCAGCAUCAGUGCCAAUCAGCUAACAACAAGCAACCAGGUUGCUCAGAGACAGCAGCAGCAGAGGCUACUGCAGCAGCAAUUGGUGAGUGGAGUUCAGCCAGCUGCUCCUGCUGCCACUCCAGCCAGUCCAGCACCGGUUAUCAAAGCUCCUGUUAAUUCGAAGCAGAAGAAUGUGUCAAAUGCUGCAACAUCUGGGAGGAAAAUUCAGAGGCUGAAUGGCGCCAAGAUAAUUGUUGCUAAUAAUAUUGAAAAGACUGAAUUAAACGACAAUGACUCCCACCCAGCAAUCCCCACGACCUCAACAACCCCAAUAUCAACAAUGACCGAGAACCACAUAACAACAACAAUGAAAGUGAUAAGACCCCUGGGCAUCGCCAACAAGCAGAAUCAGCGAACAAUAUCCACCCCUCUAGCCGAAGACUCAGACUCCACAAAUAAUUCCCUGGCCUCCUCCAGUGGAAUAGGAGGCAGCAGGGACUGCUCAGGAGUGGGUGCAGAGGAGGAGAACUCCCUGACAAGUUUCGAAGGGAUCCUCCUGAACGGUGCCCCCAGUAGUCUAGACAUAGACGCCCAGGACGACGGCUCCUCCAAGGACUCAUCAGGCAUAAGCACAAAGGAAAAACCCCUGAUGCUGGCAGACCUCCUCGAGCGAAAAGUCGAUAAGGAAGUAGUAGUGAACGGAGUCCUGGGUAAGAACUCCAUAAACGAAAAAGGAAAAGAUUUAGUCGAGAAUCACAUAAAGAAGGCCCUGAAGGACCCCCCAGAGGUGAAAAUAAAGCAGGAACCAGAGGAGAACAGUGUGAUCCAGCCAGAGGUGUCAGACAAUGCCCUGAUAGAGCCCCCCAGAGGCAUGAAGAGAACGUCAACAGACUCUGACGAGCUCGAGCUGAAAAAGCCAAAAUAUUCAAACGGCACAACGUCCCCAGAGCCCACCGACACAACAGCAGAGUCCACAGUAUCCAGCAUAAAAUCCGAAGACCAGGAGGACGACAAAGACAAUGAAGUGAAGGUGUCAUCGACAGCGGCCAAUUUGUACGCAGCUCUGGCAGCGGAUUGCAUAGAGGAUGAGACAGACCUGGAGGAGGCCCCAGUGAUCAAGGAGGAGCCAAUGCCCCCAGUGAUAAAGGAAGAGCCACUGGCCAGAGCGUUCAUCAACAAUCAGGUUGAAACUAUUCCCCAGCCCCAGCCGUUGAUCAUGACAGCUCCAAGGCAGAUAGUAGUGCAACAAGCCAUUCAGAACAAUCAGAUGAUAAUUCCAGGUGGACAGUUGAAGGCAAGACCUAAUCCCUCGCAGCCCCAGGUACUUCUCCAACAGGGAGUUGGUGGACAGCUGCAAUACGUCGUGUCUGGUGGUGUACCAGGCCAGAAUUACGUACUAGCACAAUCACAAACGGCUUUAGUUCAGGGCCAAGCACAAACAGUACUGGUGGCACAGACAACCCAGCAGCAGGGGACUGGUGCCAAGACGAUAAUUAUUCUGCAGCCACAAUCAGCAGCUCAACAGGCACCUCAGAAGAUGGUUGCUAUGACCCCUCAGGGACCGCAGGUGUUGGUAACACAGGUCCCAAGACCCAUGAUUCAGAGUUCAAUUGGAGCUAUUCCUCCACCACUUGCGUCAGCAUCAACUGGACUGCAGCAGGCUUCAAUUAUUGUUAAUAGCUCUGUUGCACAGAGCAAUCAGGGAACUGUCACUGUUACCAUACCAACGAUGGCUCAACAGUGUCCUAUAACGAGUAGUGUACCCUCGAGGGUGGUGACUCCAACGCCAGCUUCAACGCCACCACCUACUAGGCCAACUACUCCUCAUCAAGCUGCUGCCACUCAUGGCGGGGGCAAGCAACAAGUGAAGAUUGUGAAGGCCGUCAGCACGUCGACGAGCACCUCCACAGAGCCGGAGAACAAACCAUCGACUAGCAAUCUCGUUAAUUCUGAAACCAAGACAUUUACUAUUAAGAUUGAUCCUAAUGCUUAUCUCUGCGAGUGGAGGGGGUGUUUGAAGCAGUUCAAGACCUCUCAUGAGGUUUAUCUUCAUGUUUGUGAGGCUCAUUGUCCCACUGGGCCUGAGGAAAUUCUUUGUUUGUGGGCCAGCUGCGAUGGCCUCAAGAGGAGGAGGUUCUCCUUGAUGACCCACUUGUAUGAUAGACAUUGCAAUGCUGAGAGCAUGAGCCAGAGGAGGAAACAACUCACUGCUGCUGGGAAGACAGAGGUGGCUAGUACCACUGCAUCAACUCCUCAUCAUCCUGGGUAUGCCCCCAAUGCUGCCCUCCAUGCGAUCAAGAGACAUGCCCUCGAGUUUGUCAAUCCUAAGGAGUUGAUGCAAAGGCCGACCAAGCCAGCUGCGACUAUCGCGAGCUCCUCUUCUCCCCGACCUGGGCAAAAUCCUCCACCGGAACAGGAUGACAAUGAGGGUCCUGUGACGAAAAGUAUUCGCCUGACGGCAGCUCUGAUUCUCAGAAACCUAGUCAUAUACUCUACACAUGGAAGAAGGCACCUCCGAGCAUAUGAACCUCACCUAGCUGGCGUUGCUCUGAGCAACGUGGAGUCCUCCCGGACAAUAGCACAAGUCCUCUACGACAUGAAUGAUCAGAGUAACACCAACAGGUGACCUCUCGAGCCAGGUCUGUAAUUGAUAAAGACGUACGACAGCCUCACGAAUUGAGGCAAAACCCCACGACGAACUGGGGGUCAUUAACCCACAAGAUGUCAAAGUGAAAUGAGAUAAAUUUCAAUGAAAAGAAAAAUAACAAUGAAGAUGCAGCAAUGUUCCAUAACAAAAUGAGGCCUACAAACUUACAUGGGCAGAGAGAAACAAUUGCCAACUUAGAUUGUAACUUGAACAAUUAAAACCACAAAACAACAGACGAAAUAAUUAACUCUUAGUGUCCAAUGGAGAAAUUAAAUACGAAGGAAUAUUAACAAAAGAUACAUGAACAAUGGUUUAGUUAAAAUGGAUUACUUGUGCGAUAAGAAUGUCUUACAACAGUGAUAAUGAUUAAAAACGAGAGAUAAUUCAGAUUUAAUAUUAGUAUUUAUUUUCUCAAAAAAAUAAUGUGAAAACAAGGAUGAAGCAUUGCUUUUAGGAAAAGUGUACAAAAAAUAACGAUUGGGGAGGUGAACCUGGUGAAGAAAAAUUACGAAUGUUAUUACGAUUAUUAGUGUAACUUUGAUUAUUAUUAAUGAACAAUUUUUUUUUCUCAACUUAGCUUGACAGAACGAAAUGAUUAGUAUCAGAAAGUGUUUUUAUCGAAUGUUUUGUUGAAUUAUCAUUUUUCUUCUCUUAUUUCUUUCGUCUUGGUUCGUAAGAAAAAGAUGCUGAAGUUGAUAAGAAAGAUGAAUAAGUGAGGAAAAGUAAACUCAUUGUUGAAUUUCAUAUCACUGCAGGAAUAAUUACCCAAAACUAGGUUUAAAUCGUGUCUCUCGACGUCUACGUGGUAAGAGAGACCAAUGAAUUGAUUAAAAAAAUCGUAGAAUCGUUUAUGUUUCAGUUUAAGGAACAAUUCAAAACUCAUUGUUUUUAUAUUUACAAACGGAAGAAGAAAAAUCGAAAUAAUUGAUAGUUGUUGUACGAGAGUAAUUCAAUGUCCAUUGUAUUUCUCUUAAUUCUGAAAAGUCGUUGCAAACAAAAUAAAAUUAAUGAAUAAAACAUGUGUGCGAGGGCAUGAAAUACUGUCUUGAGCAUUUUUCCCAAGUGGUUGAGUGAAUCUGAGAGUGUGUGCUAUCAUUUUUAUCAAAUCUCUCGUCAUUAUAAAAAAUCAUCUCUAAAAAUACUGGAAAAAAGCCCGAAUUGCAUCAUGAAAUGAUGGCGAUGAAAUUAAAAUAUUGUAAUGAUAGUUUUCUCCUAUUGAAAAGAGUCUAAAAUGAAGAGAAAUCAAUAUUGAGUGAUUGACAUGUGCAUGGAGAAAGUAGAUUGCAUUUAUGCCAUUAUUUAUCACGAUAAUUCUCUGAUAAAUUUUCAAUUAAAUGAAAAAUUCCGAGAAGUCAGUGAAUUCACAAGAAUAAAAACGUAUAUUUGUAUAUAAAUUACAUACGCGUGUAUUUCAUCCACAUAGUGACAUUUUUUUCAUUAUAAUCAGACAGAGAAUAAUUCAGUAAAAGAAUGCUCGCAUGAAAUUGUCCCGAGGAGAAAAAUUCAUUCGCGCGAAUAAUUUUCUUCGAGCGUUUUUUCCUCCUUUCGCUGAUAAAUACAAGAAAAAAAAAUCAAUAAAUGAAUAUGUUAAUUCAAGUGUCUGUAUUAUACUAGGCUUUAAUGACAAGACCGUAGAAGUUGCAAGGAUAAAGAAAAAAAAACAGAUUUUUGUAAUUAUUUAAAAUAAAGAAGAAAAAAAUUGAAAAAAAAACAAAGAUAGGAAGAGAAAACAUAGGCUACGCCUGUAAUAGGCUGCAAGGGCACAGCCCUCUGAAUAAUGUUUAAGAAUUGAAAUAAAAAGGUAAAAAAAAUUAAUGAAGAAAAAACACUAAUUACUAAUAUUUAAGUGUAAACAACGGAUCCCCCGACGAGCCUCGAUCAUGUAUUUUAUAUAUAAAUAUUAUAUAUAUAAAAUAAGUUUAGCUGAACGUCUAGGAAAAAACCACAAUGAAAAAUAUGAGGAAAAAACGAGGCUUUUUAUUUUUAUUAUUUGUAAUUAAUUAGUUAUUUCGAGUGUUGGACAUUUGAACACACUGACAUGAUCAUAAACUAUUCAAUGAUUAUUUCAAAGAAAAGAUUUUAAAUAUGACAGUGAGUGAAGUGACGAACUAAGUGAACAAAAUGAGGCUGUAAAGGAUUGCAGUGAAGGAUGUAAUAAAUGGUUAAAAUAUGAAAAUUAAA